GUUGAGGCCACACCUGCCUUCCCCGCUGCCGCGCCCACCUGCCUGUUGCCUGUUGCCUGUCUGUCCCCACACGAACCGUCAUGUCGGCUCCCGCUCCGAACAACACCGGCGUCAAUCCCAACAUAGCCUUCCCCGCGCCUCGCAUCACCCUCCCUGUCGGCCUCCCGGUGCUGCAGACAUACUCCGGGGUCCUGAUCUGUCUGGAGAUUCUAUUCGGGGCGCUGGUAUGGAUCCUUAUCGCUGCUUCCAAUGUCCCGGUGCCUCUGCUACAAGGCUGGGUGAUGUUUGUGUCCAUCACCGCGUGUGCCUGUUCCAUCCUCUACCUGCUUGCCUACAUCUUCGGGAUCGUGCUCCGAGUGGAGGUGGACUGGAACUUCCUGGAUUUUGCCUACCAUUUUGUUGCUUUCGUGUGCUAUUUUGGAGCAUCAUUACUUGAAGCUGCAACCACCGCUGGAGCUACUCACAGCAUUAUUCAUAAUAAUGUUAGCACUCUUCUAAGUCAACAAGCAUACAGUCUUAAUGUUGCUGCUACAAUAUUUUCUUUUGUUGUUACUAUGUGCUAUGUCUGCAGUUUUCUUCUUGCUUUAAGAAGAUGGAAGCUGUAACUGGUAUUCUGAACUGUUUGAAAAGAUAGAGUUGGUUGGAAUCAUCACCUUCAGAUAAAACAUCUUUCAAACGCCAAAGAAUGGAAAUGACAUAUUGAAUGAAGAGGCAAAUCUUUUCACAAGCAGUU